AUGGAUCACGGCUCGAUGAACAUGGCCACCACCACCGCCGCCAUGGCUGCCACAGGCACCAUGAGCAUGCCCGCAGCCACUAGCAGCAAGGCCGCCAUGUCCAUGGGAGGCAGCGGUUGCAAGAUUUCUAUGCUCUGGAACUACAACACUAUUGGAUCUUGCUUCAUCAGCAGCUCCUGGAAGAUCACCUCCAACGGCAUGUUCGCCGGCUCCCUUAUCGGCGUCAUCCUUCUCGUCAUCCUCCUCGAGGCAUUGCGCCGCGCCGUCAAGGAGUACGACCGAUACCUCAUCCGCACCCACAAGGCCCGCUACGCCGAUGCCGGCGCCGCCUCCCCGAGCUCCGCCAGCGCCGACGACCACGCCAAGGGCCCUUCGUCCUCCGCCGCCGCCGUCCGCUCCAACGUCGUCCCGCCCUUUCGUCCCAACGUCUUCCAGCAGGCCGUCCGUGCCCUUAUCCACGUCUGCCAGUUCGCUGUCGCCUACUUUGUCAUGCUUCUCGCCAUGUACUACAAUGGCUACAUGAUCAUUUGCAUCUUCAUCGGCUCCUACAUUGGCGCAUUCCUCUUCCAGUGGGAGACCCUGUUUGACGAGCCCACUUCCGCCGCCAGAGAGGCCACCGUCUGCUGCGGUUGA